AUGGUCUACGUCGUCCUCCCCGCGCUGAUCCCCGACAUCCGGCGGCUGUACGAUGUCUACUUCAACGCGUUCAAGAACGACAAGAUGGGCCAGAUCAUGGUGCGGCUCCUCUUCCCGGGCACGCUGACCGAGUCGGAGGAGUUCCGCAAGGGCCACGCCGAGGGCACGCUGAGCUACUGGCACACGAGCGACGUGCAGUACACGUUCAAGUGCGUCGACUCGCUGACGGGCGACAUUGUCGGCAUCGGCCUCGGCGACGUCUACAUCAAGAAGCGGUCCGACGAGGAGCGCGCCUUCCAGGGCGUCUCCUGGCUGCAGGGCGAGGACAGGGAGCGCGCCGAGAAGGUGGUCAGGCCGCUGUGGGAGAUGAGGGAGAAGUUGUUUGGGGGCGAGCCGUAUCUCUACGUCCACGUCGUCGGCAUCGAACCCAAAUUCCAGGGCCUCAGGGCCGGGGCGGCUAUGAUGGAGUGGGGAAUCGACCUGUGCGAGAGGACGAGACUGCCCGUCUACUUCGAGGCAUCGCCCACCGUGCUGGAGAUGUACAAGAAGAUGGGCUUCGAGCUUCUCAAGGAGACCAUCGUCCACAAGGCGGAGGUCCUGGGCACGGAUGAGGACAUUACCGUGCCCCUCAUGGUCAGAAUGCCCAAGGCAGCCAAGGGGAUAGGAUUCUACGAGUGGAAGGAGCAGGGAUACCCGAGGUUUGGCUAA